UUCUGAGAAAGAUACAAUUCUGGUCGCCAUCUGCCUGCAAUAUGGUUGUUGGAUUAUCUCUUUCGCUCUCGCCACGAAGUUUCCCAGGCAUGGUGAUGCAGUUUCCUGGUUAAUUUCCAAGUCUCCCUCCACACUCAAUCGGCUAUUGCUAAAGUCAACGCGCUCCAACUCCGAAAUUUCUAUCGAGCUUCGAAGUUUUUGUUGUUAAGAAUCAAGGAAUGAGUGGAGCAGGCAGCCUUUUUCGGAGGGGCUGGUCUCGGAACACUAGUCAAUGCGCUGUACGAUGUCCUCAAGGAGCUGAUCACCAAGAAUGUAAUGUUUAAGCCCCUACUCAAAAACAUCAAAUUCAGGUUAGACUCUUUGGAACCAUUGUUGAAAGAUAUAGAAAGAUCCAACAAGAAAUUGGACCUGUCGGAUAAGGAACUGAGAAACUUGAAACUACAUUUGGAGGAGGGCAUACAUCUCGUCCAAAAGUGCAAAAAGAUUCGAUGGUGGAGCGUAUUAGUAUACAAAAGGUACAAGUACGCCAACAAGCUGAUUGAAUGGGAUGCAUCUCUUCAACGACUUUUGGACAUGCUAAAAGUUCAGGGAAUAAGGGAUGUGAAGGACAACGCGGUUACGGUGAAGAAUGUAGAGGAGGCGGUCAUCAGAAUUGAAUCGAAUAUGGUGAUACCAAAACAACCCGACAGUGAAGCUUGGUGUGCCGUACCUCAACUUCCGCCGCUCGUGGUUGGAUUGGAUUUUCCUCUAAAGGAACUGAAGAGGAAGCUUCUAAAGGACAAAAAUGUGUCAAUGGUUGUGCUGACUGCUCCUGGAGGAUGUGGGAAAACCACUUUGGCUACAAAGUUUUGUCAAGACAAGGAUAUCAAAGAUGCAUUCAAGGAUAACAUCUUCUUUGUCACGGUUUCAAAAAAGCCUAAAUUAGAAAAUAUUGUUCAAGAUCUUUAUCAACGCAAGGGUUUCCAAGCACCUACUUUCCAAAACGAAGUUAGUACAGCGACGUGGCUGCAACGUUUUCUGAAGGAAGAAGGGCAGAAUCCUUUACUGAUUGUCCUGGAUGAUGUUUGGCCUGGAUCAGAAUCCCUUGUGGAGAAGUUUGAUCAAUUCAAAACGGAAAAUUACAAGUUUUUGGUGACAUCUAGGUCUGAAUUUCGGGGAUAUGGUUCCCCUUAUUAUUUGCAAUCAUUGGAUCAUGACAAUGCGAUGAAACUUUUUCAUCAUUCAGCAUCCCUUGGAGAUAAGAGCUCUCAUAUUCCAAAAGAUCUUCCAGAAAAGAUAGUUGAGCGUUGCAAGGGAUUUCCACUUGCUAUUACAGUGGUGGGGAGAUCGCUUAGUGGGGAGCCUAUAGAGAUAUGGCAAAAAAGAGAACUUGAAUUGUCUAAAGGUUUUUCUAUUCUUGAUUCAGAGACUGAAUUGCUGCUCUGCCUUGAACGAAGCUUGGAUGCCUUAGAUAAAGAAAUCAUCAAGGAAUGUUUCUUAGACUUAGGUUCAUUUCCAGAAGACCAAAGAAUCGCUGCAGCUGCCCUUGUUGAUAUCUGGGCAGAGUUAUAUGAUGUAGAUACAGAUAUAGAGUGCAUUGCAAACAUCUACGAGCUCACCAAACGAAGUCUAGCUAAUCUUGUUGUCACAAGGAAGGACAAGAUGGAGGGGGACGGGUAUUAUAGUGAGCACUUUGUUACCCAGCAUGAUGUUCUUAGGGAACUGGCCAUCUAUGACACAAAAAAAGGACCGGUAGAACAUAGAAAAAGACUGAUUAUUGACAUAUGUGGAGACAAACUUCCAAAAUGGUGGAGAGAACAGAAGCAGAUGAAGGCCCGCUUAUUAUCUAUAACAACUGAUGAAGGGUUUUCAACAAAAUGGCACAACUUGCAAAUGCCAGAAGCUGAGGUUUUAGUAUUGAAUUUACAGACAAAGAACUAUGCUUUACCCGAUUCCGUGGUGAACAUGGGUGAAUUGAAGGCUGUGAUAGUCACAAAUUAUGGUUUCUUACCAGCUGAAUUGAGUAACUUCCAACUUUUGAGUUCAUUACCAAAUCUUAAGAGAAUUAGAUUAGAACGCAUCUCAAUUCCUUCCAUAACCAAGAAUCCCAUUCAAUUGGUGAGUCUGAAGAAGAUAUCCAUGUUCAUGUGUAACAUUGGUCAAGCUUUCAACAACUGUUCCAUCUCAAUCUCAUCAGCAUUCCCGAAUCUAGAGGAAAUGAACAUCGACUAUUGCAGUGAUUUAAUUGAAUUGCCCGUGGAGGUUUGUGAUCUUAGUAAACUAAGGAAGCUCAAUGUUACUAACUGUCAUAAGCUAUCUGCCUUGCCUGAAGAGAUUGGAAAGUUGGAAAAUUUAGAACUGUUGAGGCUAAGAUCCUGCUCAGAACUGUCGAAGCUUCCAACCUCAAUGAAGAACCUUGGAAAGGCAAACUUUCUUGACAUAUCUGAUUGCUUCAGCAUCAAGGUGUUGCCCGAAGACAUUGGUGAAAUGAGUAGUUUAAGAAAGAUCAACAUGAGACAAUGCUCAAGGUUGCAAGAGCUGCCUCCAUCAGUCAUGGAUCUUGAGCAGUUAGAGGAAGUGGUCUGUGAUGAAGAGACAAAAUAUUUAUGGGAAGCCUUCUCACCGUUUCUCAGCAACGUAAGGAUAACUGUGGCCAAAGAGAAUAUGAACCUAAAUUGGCUCCACAAGACUCGGUUCUGAUCUUGUGUUUCCUCAGUGAACGCUGCUCUUCAAACUCUCUGUCGUUUGUGUUUUAAGUGUGUGAUGCAGAUCAGUUGGCCAGUGCAUUUAUUGAAUCAAUGGGAUAAAAUGAAUGACUAUAACUAAUCAGAAGAACUUAAUAACAGCCAUUAGUAGGUCCUAAUAAUAGCCAGGUUGUUUUGGACCUUUUUUGGCUGAUUGGAUUGCUUUCUAUAUGUAAAUUUCAGUUUUUUUUUGUCAUUUUAAGUUUCUAUUAAAUUUUGAAUGUAAGUUACAAAAUGGUUAUAAAAACCGUUUCUUUCUGUAAGAUAAGGAGUUGGACGUUUUUUU